UCAACAUCGCACGCUACAGUCUGGCUCCCUAUCAAAAUAGAUUCGUUUGUACAUACUCAUUUCAAGUUACCAUACUUGGGGAGAUUUUCAAGAUGGCCGCCGCCAUGUGGGAGGAAAUCGCACAAGCACGUAAAGAAAACAGGCGAGAAUUGUUACUUCAUGGACCGCAGAUUUCAGAACGUAUUACGAAAUCUGGUUUGGAUAAUACCGUGUUCUCACUGGAACUGUUAAACUAUUUAGAAAUAAGUGAUUCGACUCUUACUGAGUUGUCCAAUGAAAUCGGUAAUCUUGUCAACUUGAUUAAUCUGGUUUUACGUGGUAACAAAUUGACAACACUGCCCUCAACGAUCGGGAACUUAAAGGCACUUCGUCUGCUCGAUAUUUCCCAUAAUUCGAUUAAAUCAUUACCAGAUGAGAUCAGUGAUUUGUCUGAAUUGCACACUUUUGAUGCAAAUCAGAAUGGUCUCCUCUGUAUGCCCGAGUCAAUUAACAAGCUUCAUCGUUUGAGCGUGGUCAACGUAUCUUGCAAUGAGAUUGAUUCAUUAGAGCCAUUUUGCACUGAGCAAUUGACACAUCUCAGCGAAUUCCUCGCUGCAAAAAAUGCCAUUGUUGUUAUCCCAGAGCGCAUCAGCAAACUGCAGUCUCUUAAAAAGCUUGAUCUUAGCUCAAACAAAAUCAGUGAAGUUCCUUCCUCCUUGGCUGACUGCGCCAAGUUGAAGGAACUUCUUAUGAAAGAAAAUCCUUUUCGAGAUCGCCGUCUUGGAAAGUUAGUCCAGCAAUCUCGGAGUACAAAGGCUACUCUUGAUUAUGUCCGAAGUCAUGGUACAAAGACUACAACAGUGCAAGAGAAUUCUAGCUCUGCUAAAUCAAAGAAGAAGAAAGGUCGUAAGAAAGCUGCAUCAGUUGGGAGUGAUCUGAGUGAGGACUUGGACAAGUUGAUGUUGAGAGUUUUGAGUUAUAAAGAUUCAUCAGAUGGUGGUGUAGAGGUCAAUGUUAGUAAUGAUGUAGCGGAUGUCCGACCGUACAUUGUGUGCUGCAUUCUCAGGGAUGUCAACCUGAAGCAAGGAAAUGCAUUCAAAAGAUUCAUUACUGCUCAGACAAAGCUACAUGAUGGACCACUGUGUGUCAAACGAACCAAGGCAACUAUCGCUACUCAUGACUUCAGCCUUGUAAAGUUUCCUCUUUCUUAUCAAGUCAAAACACCAUCUGCCAUACAGAUGGUUCCCCUAGGACGCAACAAGAGCACUACAGCCAAUGUAUUGAUGAUACAGCUCAGUAAGGAAGCAGAUGAUAUGCGCAAAGAAGCAAAGCGAAACACUGUGUCUGGUAUCCAUAAAUAUCUUGAGUUACUUGACGGACAUCAGCGUUAUCCAUGUCUGUGUGAUAAUGACGGUCAGGUGAUCUCAUUUCCACCAAUCACAAAUGCCGAUAUCACUAAGAUUUCCCGCGCUACUGAUCACAUCUUCCUUGAAGUCACAAGCUCAACUGACCUUGCCACCUGUAAGAAAGUCAUGGAUGCUUUGAUCCAGAAAAGCAUGGAGAUCUUCCUCAGUCAACCUGGUUCAGCUACUGGAGAAGGUCAGGAACCAGGCACAGAAGGACCUAGUGGAGAUGUGAAGCCUGAACCCAGUUCAGAUGAUCGGGAGGCUUCAGGAGGUCAUAGGUCAUUAGUUGUUGAACAAGUUAAAGUCAUCGGGGCUGAUGGAAGCUUAAAGGUUGUAUAUCCUUCUCGCACUGACCUUCAAGACAUGCCUGAUGUUCAGGUCAUUAGGUCAUAGGCCAUUAGGUCAUAGGUCAUGUACAAAAUUGAGUUCUGUGUAAUGUUUUGUUUAAGUUGAUUCAUGAAAUGAACACAACACCAUUUGUACUGACCCCCAGUAAACCUUGGAGCGGGUUGCCAGGUUUCCAUUAUUCACCAAGUGUGUUGUAUGAGUUUGGUUGGGAAACUUGGGUUGGUGGAGUCUUAGUAGGAUAGUGAUGGUGAUUGUGCCUCCGUCAAGUAGUACAAUUUCGAGUACAAUACCGUUUCAGUGAUGAUCAGAAAAUGUGUCGCAGAGUUUUUUCUUUUAUGUGUAAUGGUAGAAGCAUUUCAAAUUGCCAGUGUAUGUAAAGUGGGUGACCUUGUCUGCGUGUGACUUCUGGAGCUAUACCUUGACAAAAUCAUAACACUCUAUGUGUUCAUGUUCCUUGUUUCUAAAAGUUUGUAAUAUAUGUUGUUUAAGGGUCUGGGUACUUUUUGUAGGACACAAAACACAAGAUAAUGAUGAAGAUAAUGGUGGUAGAAAGCUUCUCUUGCGCUGAGUUGAUGUAAUUUAUGACAAAUAGGUAAACAUGUCACAAAAAUACGUUUUACAAGCUGAACUCAUUCUCUUAACCUUUUUUUUUAAUACUAAUUUCUCAAAAACUACA